UUUUGUUGAAACGUCACUGCCACGUAGAGGUUUGAUUGAUCACACAUGUUGUUCCUGCUUGUGCAGCGUAACGUGAACGCACUUGUUGUGUCGUGUUUGUUUGUUUGUGUGAGUGAGCGGAGCAGAAGCGGAGGAUGUUGAUGUUGACCGUGCUGAGCUGCCUCUGCUCUUCCCUCCUGCUGCUGCUGCUCUCGGUCAGCGGGGGGAAACUGCCCGAGGCUGAGGUGGAGAUAGAAGUGCUGCACAAACCUUUCCUCUGUCGCCGAAAGUCGAAGUAUGGAGACAUCCUGCUCGUGCACCACGACGGCUACUUUGAGAACGGGACCAUGUUUCACUCCAGUCGGAACGAGGGUGACAAGCAGGCCAUGUGGUUCACACUUGGCAUCAAGGAAGCGAUAAAAGGCUGGGACAAAGGCCUGCAGGACAUGUGUGCCGGAGAGAAGAGGAAACUCAUCGUUCCUCCAGCGCUGGCCUAUGGGAAGGAAGGAAAAGGUAAGAUCCCACCCGAAAGCACGUUGACCUUCAUCGUUGACGUUCUUGAGAUCAGAAAUGGACCGAGAUCGCACGAGUCAUUCCAGGAGAUGGACCUCAACGAUGACUGGAAACUCUCCAAACAUGAGGUCAGAGAAUACCUGAAGAAGGAGUUUGAGCGUCACGGCUACCCGCCCAAUGACACUCUGCACGAGAACAUGGUGGCAGAUAUCUUUGCAAAAGAGGAUAAGAACAAAGAUGGCGUCAUAUCCUCCAGAGAGUUCACAUACAGACACGAUGAACUUUAAAGUCUCUCGCAGUCGUGGGUCAAGGUGGUUAAGAAGAUUCUCUCAGGUUCUCCACAUUAUCUUUUUGAAGCGGUGUGUUGCGGGUGAUGGGACAGUGAUUUUGUUAAAUGUUCUACCUUAUGUGAUGUAGUUUUUUGCCUUUUGUGUGUGUUCUUCCACUUCUUUCAGUGGCAAAUGACCAAAUGUUGUCCUUUUGGGAAAAUGGUCUGACUUUUCUAAGUUUAAACCUUUUUAGAACUUCCUGUACUAAAGUCUAAUUCACUCGUCUGAGGGACCCAGUACAAAAACUGCCACAUACAGAUGAGAAAAUCCAGACUUUGACAUUACAGUUUUCUAAUUUGUGGUGUUAAAGAAUGAUUUUCUCUCCAUAUCCAGAGAAGACUCAUGUGAUGGCACACAGGGUAAUGACUGUACCUGUUAAUAACUGUACCAGAGUGCUGGAGGCUGUUGUUGAAGUAUUGCACACGCGACUCUUUAAACCAGAGAAUGUUCCCCUUAGUGCUGACUAGAAUCCAGAUCACCCUGUUUCUUUGGAAUUUACUUUUGUUCAUGUAAACAAGUCAAAACUAAUCCCAAUAAGGCAAAUGGCUGCCCUGAUUUGGGCAGAUUUGUGCAUUUGUUUUUUCUUAUGUCUAAAUAAACCAUUAAUAAAUGUGGUCACCUUCUUAAAACAGAA